AUGAAGGAGUUUCGACGUCGAAUGUUUGGAGCACACUUGCUGGGCAACUCGCUGAGGCCACCCUCGACACCGGUUCUCACUGCAGCCAAGAUGCCAUGCGCUCACCUUUCCGCCGCAGUGCGACAAAAGUUGGCAAGUGAGAAGGUCCCGCCACCACCUUCAAAGUGCGUCGGUGCUCUUAACACCAGCAAUAGUGCUGCUACCCUUGUUUCCACUACGGUAGCGUAUAAGGACCCUGGCGUAAUUGUGGGCAAUGCACCCGGAUCCGUCGACAGCAGCCGACCAGCGGUUAGUCCUCCGCUUUUAGUUCCUCAAAGUGGCGUUCCGGAGCGGUGUGAUAGUAACGAUGCCGGUAACAAUAGCGGUUAUCAGCGGGUUGAGGAGGAGUCGAGGGUGGCGGAUGCCGUUGAGCAACUUCACAAUUUAUUGAGUAGUUGGUGCUCGAGGGAGGGGGGAGGUGAGGGAAGCACCGUGCAGCCACCACCUCUUGAAAUAACAGCGGAAAAUAGAGAGGUUUCACAGAAGCAGCGGGAGGAGUUGCUGUCGGCCCUCGUGUGUGUGCUUGAAAAGGAUCCGAGCUUUGGGCCUCGACUUCUUUCUGGGCUCGAGGACGACACGUUGCGGAUGCUCCUCCUAUUUGGAACGGCGCAAGAGUAUUUCGGUUUCGAGGAAGUCGAGAAACAGUUGCGCAAAGUGGAUACAGAAAAAGAGGACUGUGUUUCGGCGGAAGAAUAUAAUGCCUGGGUGGAGUUUGCGUUGAGAGAGUGUGCAGACGCUCGUAAUGAGGCGCGACAGAGCGGAGUAAAAAAGCAACAGCAAUCGAGAAGUAGUGAGGCAUCGAAAGCUUCACAAUCCACUAUCACCAAUGACCAUAUCGCAUGGAACUUGUGGCUACGCAUUGCAUACUCGGCCUCUGUCCCGUUUAUGGCUUUCGGCAUUCUCGACAACUCCAUUUUCGUGACUGCUGGCGAUGCUAUUGAUAGGCGCUGCGCGGAGGCUUUUGGGCUAACUUCCAUGACGGCUGCGGCUCUUGGUGGUGUUGUUUCAGGUGUGGCGGGGGUACAAAUGCACGGUGUAGCCGAGCGCUUCACGCAAAGGGUUCGAUUAGCGCGGGUGCCGGUUCUAACCGCCGCUCAACAGAAGUCAAAGGCCCGCGGUAGUGCCACUCGUGUAGGCAACACCGCAGGUAUGCUUGUUGGAUUGUUACUUGGUAUGAUACCCCUAUUAUUUGUCCACCCGAGUAAUUCUCGAGAUGGCGUAAAGGGGGAAACGGAAGCUGAGUGCCAGAUACGCAAGUAA